AUGCAACAAAUAGAUAAAGAUCUUAAUUCAAAUCUUAAACAAACCAUCUAUAUCUCUAAAUCCGCAAUUACAAACUUUAAUGCUUCCAUGAACGAACUCUAUAAGAAUCAAAUCCUACUGAACGAUGUUAUCGAUAAAUUAUCCCUUUCCGUCAAAAACGUUUCUGAGGUCAUCAACUCUGUCAAGUUGCAAACAAACAUGGAUGAAAUCUUGAGUGUGUUACAAGCUAGCCUAUUAACACUUUCAUUCAAAAUUGAAGAUAUUCUAAGCAGUGUAUUGUUUUCAAAAUCAAACACCAUUCAUCCUUCAAUUAUUACUCCUAAGCAAUUAUACGUAGAUUUAGUAAGUAAUAUUAAAGAUGUAUCUAGACUUAAGGAUUUCCCUGUAUAG